UUCACGGAUGAUCAAGGAGAUAAACAAGAAAGCUAUAAGCAUGAGGAGUUCGUAGGUGACAAUACGUAGUGUGUCGGCAUUUAGUAGACACGGUUUUGUUGGGUUGUUUACUGCCAUCUUUCUUAGUGUAUGGUAUCCCGCUGUGCUUUUAGAUAUUCAUCCUCAAGGUCUACACUGGUAUACUGUUAAACAACAACAACAACAACACGGUCUUGACAGUUGACUUCGGUUUCGCGAAUCUGGAAAACACACAUCUUGGGGUAUAUAGACUGCAGCUGAUCUCGUGAAAUUUACCAGAUAUAUGAGAAGCCAGUGAAACUUGCUCCGUUUUAGGAGAAAUAUUGUGGAAAAGAAGGAAUUGUUCUGUGUAAUUACUUGUGCCAUUUGCAGCAUUGAUCAGCCGUUGUUUGUUUUUGGGGUUUUUUUGUGGGUUUAUUUUUCACUUGUAGUGUUAAAGGCCCUACCUGAAAUAUUGCUUUAAGCUGAAGCAGCUUUUGUGUUGACUUUCUGAGGACACUGUUCAAGUUUCAUGCUUUGCUAGCUGAGGAAGAGAUCUACCAUGGAUAUAGGACCCAGUAACCCAGUGACUCUAGUGGUGAAAGCCCCAAAUCAACGCAUUGCCGACCAAACAAUCGAGUGUAUGCUUGGAUGGACUGUGAAGAAAUUAAAGGAGCAUUUAUCUUCCGUGUAUCCCAGCAAGCCGGAAGAGAAAGAGCAAAAGCUGAUAUAUUCUGGAAGGUUAUUGCAAGAUCAUUUAAUGCUGAAGGACAUUUUGCGACAGUAUGGUGAAGACACUCAGCACACAGUUCACUUAGUUUGUUCUCCUACCAGUGAAGGUUCUAGUGGAUACACUGAUAGUCAGCCUAGGAACAGUAUGGUUAACAAACCUGUUCCUCCAGCAAGCAGUUCAGCACAGAGUGGUGGACUGCGACAUAGGCGGCCAGAACCCACCCCUGUCUCUACACAACCUCCCACACAUGUGCCACACAGUUAUGCUCAGCAAGCUGCCUUGUGGAAUCAGUAUAUAGAGCAGAUGGGUUAUCAGAUACCCAGUCAGAUGAACCACCAGAUGGUGCCGCCCGCAGUAAACCACAUGGCCUACAAUCCCCAGCAGUAUAUGUGGAUGCAGCAAAUGUAUGCUCAGUACAUGGCUAACUACAUGCAAUAUUAUCAAACAGCCACUGCUAGCAGUACACCUCCAACCACACCUCCUGCCAACGCACAACCUUUGCCACAAGUCCCUAACCCUGCGGCCAAUUUGAGAAACGCGCAGCAGCCAGCCAAUCAGAACAUUCGUAUGAAUGCGCAAGGAGGACCUGUGGAUGAUGAUGAUGAAGAUGAAUUUGGUCAGAGGGAUUGGUUGGACUGGGUCUACACAUUCAGUCGCUUUGGGGUGCUCCUCAGUAUCGUUUACUUCUACUCCACAAUGAGCAGAUUCAUCGUUGUCUUCCUCUUCUUCUUUGUUGUAUACUUGUAUGAGAAAGGCUGGUUUAGAUUCAGGAGGAGGCAAGAACCUGAGGUUGUCGCUCAACAAGCUGAACAACAACAACAACAGCCGGCUGCACCUGCCCAGCCUGAUGGAAACCAGCCAGUUGGAGCUGAAGUACCGCCAAAUCAGACUGGGGAGGGAGACUUAGCAGGAAACAAUGCACAAUCUGAGAAUGAGAUUCAAGAAACACCUGAGGAUUCUGAGGUGAUGGGAGAUAACUCUGGGGAAGCCCAAGCGGAGGAAGCCAGGCCAGGGGCCUUGACACUUCUGUGGUGCUUUGUUGUAACUUUUUUCACAUCAUUGAUACCCCAGCCUCCCCCAGCUGUCAACCUGAACUGAGAGCUUGGGACUAUAGACUUUUCCUUCUUCACAGAUUUGCACACCACCAAGCCUGAAGAUCAUCCAUACAGGUGUCAGAUACAAGUGGCUUGGGGUGAUGAACUGUCCCAUGGACCAUGUUCCCUGUCAAACAAAUAUGUAGAUUUAUAAAUUGGCUAUGUAUAGCUGUAAUCUGACAGAGUAAUCUACAUCCUUCUAUUGGAUGACUCAGUCCUUUCAGCCUUUGUUCUAUGAUGAUGCACAAGGAAGGACAAAUCUGAAGUCUUGCUGGUAAGCGUAUGAGAGGAGAUUGGCUUGGUGAUACAUUUUUUAUAUAUGUCUUUGCCCAGUGGAACAUUACCUUUUUGUGAUACAUUAUUUAUAGGCAUAUGAAUUCAAGCUUGCUUAAGAGCUGAUUUGUAUUGCAUUUGUUUGAAUGAGUGGUCUGUUGUGUUUAUCUGGAACACCAACAUGCUUGAUUAUACAAGCAAGGUUUGUGUAUGUACAUUAAAAUUCUUGUUUUGUAAUCUGAAAUCCAUAAAUAAGCACUCAAGUACACUGGUGACAUGGCCGAAAAAUGUGGCGACGAGCAUGUGGGGUUAUAAAGCACUAACUUUAAUCAGUGUCCAGCUAUUGUCAUUAGGUGAAAAUAUUAAACCUUAUAUUUUAUUGGACUCAGUUUGUAAAUACAGUAUACAUGUCUGUGUGUACAGACUAUCCUAUGAGGCAUACCUGUACAUAUCCUGGAAGUGUACCCUUGAUUUGAUCUGGGAACUACUGUGUACAGAGAUAUGAAUGAAAAAUUGACAUUAACAAAGCCACCAACAGACUGCGGCAGGUGACAUGCUUCAACCAACUUUCUUGCUAUUGAAAACAACCAUGUCAACAUGAGGUACUCCCCUGGUGAACUUUUUAUUUCAUCUUUAACAGUUCUUACAAAUUCAUCUCGACUUUUUAACUUUAUUUUCUUUGUUUGAGAAUGGCUUUGGUAGGUGUCAUCAGUUGAAAAGCUCUUAAAGCUCUCAACUGGUUUCACUCUGUUGAUUGCAUUUUGUAGACAUAUAGCAAACCAUAACGUGUGAACAGAGUUUUUCAGUUGGCAUUGUAGUAGGUAUGUAUUUUCUUGCCAAAAAUAGUCCCCAUUGGUGUGUUAUGGAAUCUCUAAGCAUGUACAGUGUGUUUGUAUAAGGUUAACAGGAUAAUAUCACAUGGAGUCCAAGCUCCAAAUGCAGUGUGCAUGUAGACUACUGGUACAUCAGAUUCUGAUCAUGAAUCAUUUGAUACACAGAUUUUGGAUUUUUGGUUUGUUUGAAGCCUUCAUAUCUAUAUAUAUAUACCUUUUAAAUUUCUCUGACAGGUCACUUUCUCUGAAACUGAACAGAACAGCGGUUAUGAUAAAUUUAGGUUAGUAUUUUUGUAUAAAAUCAUGUAUACAUGGGUUGAAAUCCUACUUGUUCAGCUGUGAAUGUUUGUAAUUUUUGUUUUGUUUUGGGUGGUGGGAGGGGGGACUUUCAUCAGUUUCUUCCACCCUAAGACUGACUUCUGUAGUAUUCAAAAUUUUUGAAAAGAUUUCAAAGAUUCUGUAGCAUUUUAUAUCUUCAAAUUUGUCUAAUAUAACUUUUGUGCUACAGAUUUUGUUAUUCUGGUCGCCAGAAGAGAUAAUUAAGGGUUUAGUAAUUAAAUCUUUAAUUUAAAAGAUGCAAGAAUUUCAUUGCAACAGUGUGAUUACUUCUUGUUUUCAGUAUCACUGCUUUAGUUUUCGAUCUGGGUGUCAUAUUAAUGUUGAUAUGUGUAUCUCUUAGACAUACAAUAAAUGUACAUACAUAUUUCAUUGUAAUCAGUUAACAGUGUAAUAUAUGUAAAUAUAUUUUCAAAUCAAGGCAUGCUUACCAGGUCUCCUCACAGAUAUAAAUUAAAACUUUCAAAG